CUCGGCACCCGCUCGGACGGCCAGUGUCAGAAUAAGACGAUCGUUUAAGGACCAUUCGCGGACCUCUCGCCGCAGUGCCUUCCACAGUGCUGCAACGCGCGUAUUGAUUUGCUGCGCAGUUGAUUAUUAUUAUUAUUUUUGAUUUUUCGACACAGUUUAAAAGACAAAAAUAAUUUUACCCGAAGCGAAUAGGUAUAUUAUCAUUUCGACGACCUGCACGGUGCCGCCGACACGAUGAAGUACACGACAUACCUCUUGGUCGCGUUAUUAUUGGUAACGCUGUGGUCAACAGAUGUGGACAGCAGACGAGUGAACGUGAAGCCAGCGGCUACCGAUGACGGUGAACAAGACGACGCGCAACAAGCCGCUGCCGAAGAUGAGCAGCAACAGUUCAAGCCGGUGUUGAUCGCGCGCAGGCCGUUGCAACACAGGCCGCCGGUGGACGUCGAAAGCGAACGACAACCGGUGGUUGUGGUUCGACAAUCUCCCAGGGUGUUGCAACAGCGAGCCCGAGAACAGCAACAAGAAGCUGCCGCCGACGAAGAAGACGAACAGCCGCAAGUUAUCAUCAGACAACAGCCGACGAAAGCGGGUCCCAGGUCCCAAUCGCCGCAGGCUCAGCAGCUCGUCCAGCAGCGACUCAAGCAACAGGAACAGCCGCAGCAACAGAAAGAGCCGACCGCGCAGACCAUUCGAAACUUCAACAAGCUCAACGACGACGGUUCGUUCACCUUCGGUUACGAGGCUGACGACGGUAGCUUCAAAGAGGAGACCAGGGGCACAGACUGCGUGGUCAGGGGCAAGUACGGUUACGUAGACCCGGACGGUAACAAACGAGAGUUCACGUACGUGCAAGGCAACCCGUGCGACCCGAACGCUGUCUCGGCCGAGGAAGAUGACGACCAACCGGGCAAGCCAGGCGAAGAGGAGAACAUCCCGGCCAACAUUCCGGCGAACGCUGGUAGGCCCAAGCCCAAGAAGAACCGCCCGACCACCACACUGUUCCAACAGACGUUCGGCGAUUUCGAACCACAGCCGCAGUCGCAGCCGUCCACGACGCCGCGCAUGCCGGGCAGACAGCAGCUGCAGCCGACGUUCCAAGAAAGCCCCAGGAGACCACCCCCGCAGAUAUUGUCACCGACCACGGCCGCUCCGGCACCACAAUUCCCACCGGCCGCCGGAAACUUAGAGUCGGCCAUCCGAAACUUGCCACAACCAUCAUCGCCGUCGGGCAAGGUGCAGCUCCAGUCACCCGCCGGGCCCAACUCUCCGCUGUACACCACCGAACUGGUUUUCGACCCGGCCACCGGUCAGUACAACACGGUCAUAUUCCAACAGGUGCCCAAACAGCAGGCCGGCAUCAACAUCAACCAACGUCUGCCCCUGCAGGGAGCAACGGCACCGGCUAGACAACAGCCCCUGCCCCAGCAGCAGUUCCGACCCCAGGCCCAGCCGCAAUUCCAACCACCGCAGUUCCAACAACCACAACCGCAAUUCCGACCAGCGGUCCAACCGUUCCAGUCACCGUUCCAGCAGCAGAGACCGGCUGAGUUCGACUUCCAGAGGCCUUCCGCCGGAUUCCCUGGAGCUCCGGGCCCACAACAGCAAUUGGUGCAGCAACAACAGGCCAUGGCGUUCCAACAGUCGCAAAACCUGUUCAGACAACAGCAACAGAAACAACAACAGCAACAGCAACAGCAAGCGUUCCAACCGCAGUCGUCCCCUCAGUUCUUCCCGCCGCCGUCGCAGCGUUUCGAACCGGCGUCGCAGUUCGCGCCUAAGCAGCCGCAGCGGUUCGAACAGCAACCGGAAGCGCACCAGCAGCAGUUCGUGCUCGUCCAGCCCGGCCGGACGCCCGGACAACAGAGCUUGGCCGCCGGCCAGAUCGACGCGUUUCUAAGAGGCCAUAACGUGCAGUUCUAAACGGAAUAAUUCAAUAAUAUUUCCAUUUGUAAAUAACAUUAUAUUAUAGACACUGCGUACAGCAAUCCAUACUAUGAAUUUUCGCUGUACGUCAUUCAUAUAGGUACGAUAACUAUAUAUAUUAUUUUAUUAUAUUUUAACGUAAUAUUAAUGGUAAAAAUAAUAUUAUUUUCGUGUAAACUUAAUUAAUAAUGUGCAACGCGUUAUAAAAGUAUUAUAUACAUAUAAAUAUAAUUUUUUCUAUGAAUUUCGUGCGUAGGAACUAUAUAAAUAUAUAAGUAUAUAUAUUCACACCCGUUUGGCCAAGCGGUUUCACCUGGCGGAGGUGAAAGCCAUAUAUAACUUGCUGUAUAUUUUAGCACUUUGCUAAAUGCUAGUUUUUUAUUAUUUUUUUUUUUUUUGUGACAUUAAAUCCUCGUAAGAUAU